UGAACGCCGCGUCGUUGUGAUGACAGCGGACUAACCAGAACAGUCCGGUAUAUCUAACCAGAGCUCUGAGUCCAUCAGCAGCACCAUGUCUACCUGUUAUAUCCUCGGUGUAGACGUCGGAACCACGUCGAUAAAGGUGGUUUUAUUAGGAACUGGCUCCAGAUUGGUGGAAGAGAGUCACACUUUACCUACUACGGCUGAUAUCUGCGACCACAGCGGCAUAAAGGCUAAAGAGCAGGAGACCAGCCGGAUCAUAGACACCCUGAACAGAUGCAUCAACCUGCUGCCUGGAGACAAACUGCAGAGAGUCAUCAGCAUCGGGGUGACCGGACAGAUGCACGGGGUGUUAUUCUGGAGAGCACAGACAGGUUGCGAUUGGACCAAGAGGGAUUUCUUCACAACCAGAGACACCAGUCAGCUGAUCACUUGGCAGGAUGGACGCUGCAGCAGUAACUUCCUGUCCUCACUUCCAGAGCCAGACUCGCAUCUCAGUUCAGCCACGGGGUUUGGCUGUGCAACAAUCUUCUGGUACAUGAAACACAGGCCUCAGUUCCUCGAAGACUUCACAGUUGCAGGUACCAUCCAGGACUACGUGGUGUCCAUGCUGUGUGGUUUGGACGGCUGUGUGAUGACGCCCCAGAACGCGGCCAGCUGGGGCUUCUUCAACACCUCCUCCAACCAGUGGAAUACAGACAUUCUGGAGGGUGCCGGCUUCCCUUUGCACCUGCUUCCUGAGUGUGUGCCGUCUGGUGGCUUGGCGGGACAGACGUGUUCUGACUGGCAUGGCAUCCCUGCUGGUACGCCAGUAGGGGCCGCCCUGGGAGACUUGCAGUGCUCUGUCUACUCCUGCAUGAGUGCGCGAACAGACGCAGUUCUUAACAUAAGCACCUCAGCCCAGCUGACCUACGCCAUGCCAGCUGACUUCAAACCUCCAGAGUUUCCUCAGCCUGCCUCCUCCGUCUCCUACUUCCCCUACUUUUACAACUCGUACUUGGCGGUGGCGGCCUCGCUCAACGGAGGGAAUGUGAUGGCGGCUUUUGUGGAGAUGCUCACUUCCUGGAUGAGAGAGCUUGGUGCGGAGAUGAGUGACUCGUGCUUAUACGAGAAGCUGAUUGAUUCUGCCCUGAACCAGGAGACGAGCGACCUGAGGGUGAGCCCUACCAUCCUGGGAGAGAGACACAACCCUCUCUGCCUGGGUCAAGCGGCCAACAUCUCCACCACCAAUCUCUCUCUGGGUCAUGUGACCAGGGCAGUGUGCCGCGGAGUCAUGGACAACAUCACCGCCAUGAUGCCCGCCGAGCGUCUGCAGCGGGCGGGCGUCAGCAGGAUUGUGGGCAGUGGGAGCGCCAUCGCCCGCAAUGAGGUGCUGAGGCAGGAGGUGGAGAAGGCGUUUCCUCUGCCGGUGUUGUACGGACUAAACGCGGACUCUGCUGUCGGAGUGGCCUUGGUCCUCUGUGACCUACUUUAAAUGGGGAGUUGUAAUCCACAGGGGAAUCCCUGUCUGUUUACAGGAUCAAGUGGAAAUUGUGCACAUAUAACUACCUUAUCGAAUGGCAUCACUUUGUUUAAAAAAGGAACAAUCAGGCAAACUGAAAUGCUACAACAUAAUUUGCUCUGUGAAACUAAAAGCAAAACGUGUUUGCCGGCGUUACACCGAAAUCUGUGACCCAUCGGAAUCUGUGACCGUAGAGAGACAUUUCUGGCGGCUGUCGUCACAAAAUGUGACCCCACUGUAUCUAAUAAUUGCCUCUAUUAGAGGUUUGUGAAUAUUUCUUUAAAUUAAAAUAAAUGUAUGUUUUUUUAACAAUUUAGUUUUGUGUGUUUUCUGUCAUGUGUUUACCUCAUUUAUUACACAGGUACAGUCGGGUCACAUUUUCUGAUGUCACAGAUUUCCGAUGGAUUUCGGUGUAACACCGGGACAGAGAUCAAAAGCCUUGUGUGAAGUGUUAUUUUUUCCACAAAAAAAUGAUGCCACAAUAGAGAUUUAUAUCAUAAAACCUAGAGCUGCUAUUUUGCAAAGAUGCUAAUCAUUCAUCGGAAAAACAAUCUACUGUUGAAGCGUUCAUUUCUUCACUGACUGCAACCUCAUUAGAGCAGUAUAAAGUGCACCAGCAAAAAGCUUUACAGCUGUUGGCUUCUGCACCAGAUGCUGUAAGAGUUGAAUGUGACAAGCUCACACUCAUUCCCUGUGUGUUGCUAAAAUCCACAAAGUGGAUCGAAAUCACAGCGCUCAUGGAAUCCUUUGAAGAGCACAGAUUGAAGAUCACAGAUUUAUGAUCCAUAGCAGGAUGUGCGUAUUUGAGGGUGGACUGCUCCUUUAAAUAAGACCAUAGCCGCUGCAUGGUUUAUCAGGUGUAACAACUAUUAACAUGUCAGCAUUCAAGCUGAAAAUAGACUAUCAAGGAAAUGCCUUUUCCUCGGUUACUACUAUGUCGUUUUCUUUCAUCUGAUGGUUUCUGUGUUGCUCCGUGCAAGGAGCUUCUUUUCUUUUACUUUCCACUUUGAGUCUAAAAAGAUACGUAAUAGUAAUCUUGACACUGAAGCUGUCAGGGGUCCACAGUGGUCCCAUAUUCCUUUUAUCACUCGUCACUUUAUUUAAACUAUGCCGGGAUCCUGGGAAUGAUGAAGGACUUUAUUUCCAGUAAGAUGAUUGGUCAUUAGUGUAAAUGUUUUAAUCUGAUUCUCUGAAGUUAAGCAGUACUCAUUCACUGUCCCUGCUCAGUUUAUCAAAGCAGAUUCAAACACUGUGAUUCUUUUUUCUUUUAAUGUUGUGCUUCCAGUGUCCCUUUUUUCAAUUUUAGGAAGGAGGGCUUUAAGUUUUUACAUGAAGUGAAUUUAUUUUUGUUGUUUUCUAUCGAGGUCUAAAUCCAUGAUUACUGCUCUUUCUUUGCCGUCUCUUGAUUUUUGAAGUCUUAAUCUUCCAUUUUGAACUCACAGAGUGUGUAAAUAUCCUUGGUUUGUGUCAGUCUUAAUGUUAAUUUUGCUUAUAGUACUUUGUUUUCAAGAAGACGGUCUUAAUUUUAUCAACCGUUGCUGCUGCUGCUUUUUGUCAUGAUUGAAUGCUUGUUUCAUUAUUCAGAUUAUUCAGUGUACAAGGAGAAUACAUUUGGUCUGAACUGUCUAGAUAGAGAACUCAAUGAUUAGGGCUGCUCCCUCUUAGUCAAUUAGUCGACUAAUCGAUCAUUUUGGACUUAAUCCACAAGAUUUUUUUAGCUAUUUUUUAUGCUUUUGUCCUGCUAUUUCCAAGAAACUUACGAGCACAUCUCUGGUAAACACAAGAUUUAAAGUGGUGCUCAUCAAUUUCAAUAAUGAGCAAAUAGAGUAAUUUUUCUACAAGUAAAAUGAAACACGCAUGACAUCAGUGCUAUUAGUAUUGCCAUUCAUUCAUUAUAACAGAGCAGCGUUCUGUUGAAAUGACUACAGUUAUUUUUCUUUCAGUUAGCCAUUAGUUCACAGCUGAUGUGAUGUGAUUAUGGUGCAAAUAAAGCAGUAUUAAGAUUUCA